UUAGGGCAGCGCAAAAUGAAGCGCAGGAGGGAGGAGGAGAAUGGAGGAGGAGGUGAGAUCGACGAGGCGCUCCUGGCGGCACUCGAGUCGUCGUCGAGCGGCGCGGGCGCAGGAGGAGGAGGUGGGGCGGCGGUGGAGCUGCUGGACGUCAAGGGCGUCAAGAAGAUGGUGCUGGCGUUUGAGCGCAAGCUGCGGGACAACAUCGAGGCCCGGAUGAAGUACGUGGAUCAGCCCGACAGGUUUGUGGAGUCGGAGGUGGAUCUGGACGAGGAGCUCAAGAAGAUGCACGCAUUGGCAGCCAGCCCCGAUUUGUAUCCGGAGCUCGUCCGGCUCAAGGUAGUGGGAUCCAUCGUGAGCCUCCUCGGCCACGAAAACACCGAUAUCUCCACCGACGUUGUCAAUCUCCUCAACGAGCUCACGGACGGGGACGUGAUCGGCGACAACGAGCCGGCGGGCCUCCUCGUGGACGAGCUCGUCUCCAGCAAUGCGCUGGAGCUGCUCGUCCAGAACUUGUCGCGGCUGGACGAGGCCGACCCGGACGAAGCGGCCGCGGUGUUUAACUCGCUCUCCAUCGUCGAGAACCUGAUCGAGGUGAGGCCGGCGGUGGUGGAGCUCGUGUGCGAGAGGAGCAAGCUCCUCAAGUGGCUCCUCACCAGGAUCAAGGUGAAGGAGUUUGACAGCAACAAGCUGUACGCGAGCGAGAUCCUGGCUAUACUGCUGCAGUCGAGCGCCGCCAACCAGCUCCGGCUGGGACAACUCAACGGUGUGGACACUUUGCUCCAGAGUGUGGCGCUCUACAAGUCGAGGGAUCCCAAGAGCAGCGAGGAGGAGGAGAUGCUGGAGAACCUGUACGAUUGCCUGUGUAGCGUUGUGAUGCAUCCGGACAACAAGGACAAGUUUGUCAAGGCCGAGGGUGUGGAGCUCAUGGUCAUUAUCAUGAAGCAGAAGAAGAAGCUGGCCUACGGAUCAGCGCUCAAGGCUCUCGACUUCUCACUCACCAAGUGCUCCGAUGCCUGCGAGAGGUUUGUGGACGUGUUGGGCCUCAAGAGCUUGUUCCCGGCAUUCAUGGGAAAGGUCCCAAAGAAGUCUGGGGAAGAAGUGGAUGAGCGUUUGAUAUCCUUGAUAUACUCCUUGUUCGCUGGGCUGACCAAGGACGCCAGCAAGGAACGGCUGCUGAGCAAGUUCGAAGAGAAUGAAUACGAGAAGAUCGAUCGGCUCAUGGAAUUCUUUGUCAAGUACCACAACCGGGUGAAGGCGGAGUCGAAGAAGCUAGAUGCGGAGAGCUUUGAGGAGCUGGACGAGGACGACAAGUACUUGAAAAGACUAGACGCCGGGCUUUUCACGCUGCAGCUACUUGCGUUGAUUCUCGCGCACAUAUGGCUCUCCAAGCUCCCGGGCGUGCAAAGUCGCAUCGACCUUUUACUGAAGCAGCAGCGGCUGUCUAGAGAAGACGUCAAAUCUGUAUUGCAGGAGUAUCGUGACAAUGUGGACGAUGAAGGGGGUAAGGCUAGUGUCGAAGCCUUUAUAAGUGCAAUGUGAUCGGGAAAAGACCCUUUUCGGGGAUGACCAUCUGGGACAGGGGCCAUGCUCUCGACAGCAUUGAAGAAGAUAUGAUCAGCAGCUAUGGAAGAUAUCUCUCUACUCCCUGCUUGUGUCGACCCAUGAUGAACUGUUUUGCGACAAAUUUUGGUGUUCGCUGCUAAAGGUUUCUUUGCGAUCUCACUCGCUUCAAGUUCGCGUUUACGAAGUGGCGUGUGGCUUCAGAUCUGGUGAGGGCACCAUAUUUGCCUACUGAGAUUACAAAGACUUCAAUAUAUUAUGUUUUACAUCU